GUGCAAUUUUAUUACAAUGACAAUUUUGCUUCAAAAAUGAAAUAAUGAUAAGAACAUUGGUGUCUCUAAUAAGGCGACAUGGGUUAAAUAGAUGGAACGAUGACCCAUUUUCACAAACAACAAACACGGCGGCGCAACCGCAACUCCGAUAGACGAAGCAACAACAAUGGUAUGAAUCCAAUUAUCUUAUCACUGAAAACCCAUCAUCAUGUUUUCAUAUCUCCGCCUCUGCCAUAACCCUAACCUCACUUUCAUAAAACCCUCUCCCAUUCUCCAUCUUCUUCUCCAACCCUUCUCUUCUUCCGCAAACCACUCUUUCACACUCAACUACCUCAUCCAAAACCUCGCUUUCUCUCCCGAAACCGCUUCCAAAAUCUCCACCAAACUUCUACUCAACAACUCACAAAACCCCGAUUCAGUCCUCGCCUUAUUCAAAUCCCACGGCUUCUCAAAUUCCCAGCUUUCCACUCUCAUCAAAACCUGCCCCAAUCUUCUCACCUACCAUCCCAACAAAACCCUUCUCCCCAAACUCAAUUUCCUUCUCCAAAAGGGUGCUUCCACUUCUGACUUAAUCGACAUCAUCACCAAAAAUCCAAGGAUCUUAUAUCUAAGCUUGCAAAAUUCCAUCAUCCCAUUUUAUGAUUUAGUCAAAAGAUUCUUCCUUUCUGAUGAAUCCACUAUCGCCUCUCUCAAAGUACGCUCUUGCAUGAUUUAUUCUAAAACCCCAUCUCAGAAUAUUCAAUUGCUGCUUCAAAAUGGGGUUCCUGAGUCUAAAGUUGGUAUUUUGUUUCGAAAUUGGUAUACUGUAUUCACUCAGAACCCUCCGGUAUUUGAGAAGGUAGUGAUGGAACUAAAGGAAUUGGGAUUCAACCCCAAAACUACAUUUUUCACUGUGGCAUUGCGUGCUAAGAUUAACAGCAAAUCGAAUUGGGAAAACAAGAUUGAUGUGUAUAAGAAAUGGGGUUGGUCGCAGGAAGAUAUUGUUUCAGCAUUUUUGAAGCAUCCAUGGUGUAUGUUGGCAUCUGUGGAUAAAAUUGAGGCAGUGAUGAAGUUUUUUGUUGAUCACAUUGGUUGGGAGUCUCUUGUGCUUGCCAAACAUCCAAUACUUAUUAUGAUGAGUUUGGAGAAAAGGGUUAUUCCUCGGGCUUUUGUAUUGAAGUUUCUUGAAUCCAAAGGUUUGGUUAAGGAUGCUAAAUUGGCUAGACCUUUCAAAGUUUCUGAGGAUGUGUUUUUGAAGAAGUUUGUGAAUUGCUUUGAGGAAGAAGCUUCUAAUUUGUUGAAGUUGUAUGAAGAGAAAAGAGAAGUUUCACGUAAUGUUUGAGAAACGGUAUGUGACUGUAAUUUGGGAAGCUACAUCAAGGAUCUCAGCAACCAUGACGCAAUGUGACUGCAAGUUUUGAAGAUAGGUGAGAUAUGCAAGGGGCCUCAGGCCUCUCACGUCUCUUUGACUUUUUUUUUCGGUUUGAAAUAGUCAACAACUUUAGUCAGUGUUUACUGCUAGUGUAAGUUUAUAAGUCUUUCACUUGAUCACCUAUAUGAUUCCUUCAUUGAUUAAAGGAAAAACCACAACCAUUUAGACUAGAAAUACUUGUUGUAAUUGGACAACUAAUAAUGUCUUUUGCAAGCAACAUGAGUUAUACCUUAAACUCACUAUUUGUUGCACAAAUGAUGUUCAUUCGCGUGCAAACAUGAUAUAUAGCCUUAUAAUACAAUUUUGGUUGUGGCUUUGUUUAUACCAAAGUUUAUUGCCUAGUGCCUA